UGCGACCUCGGUGCACGCGCAAGAAAUCUUCAGCAGGGGGGCGCUCUCCUAUAUUGUUUUUUUGGGGUGCUGGAGCGGUAGCCAUGACUCUAAAACUCGAGCUGGACGAGAAGCGCUACGUGUCUCUACUGGAGAACCUGAUAGGAGAGGCUGAAUUCCUUCAGAACAAUCCUCCGAGAUUUGUACCCCAGGAAGACAGAGCAGUGAAACAUGUGCUGGCAGCUCUCCAGCCCUAUCUGGUGGAGAACGGAGGAGUCUUGAAAGCCGAACAUGUAACCUUCGUUGAGGGGCGUGGCAACCUCAUGUUGGAGUACUGCCCUAAGGGGGCCUCUGGUACGGUGACGUUCAUUGGCAGCCAUCUUGAUGUGGUUCCAGCCAACCCUGAGACAUGGGAGAGAAACCCCUUCAAACUGAUAGUUGAGGGAGACAAGCUGUACGGGAGAGGGACGACAGACUGUCUUGGUCACGUGGCUCUGAUCACGGAGCUGUUCAUCCAACUGGCAGAGAAGAAACCACCACUCAAGUUUUCUGUCCAUGCCGUCUUCAUCGCCAGGUGA